AUGGGCAAGAGCCGGGCGCGGCGGUUCCGCAGGGCGCCCCGAGCCCCCGCCGGCCCCGCGCAGGAGCUCCGCGGCGAGCGCGGCCCCGAGGAGGAGGCGGCGGCGGAGCUGCUGGAGAAGCUGCAGGAUCCAAGUGCUGAGGUGAGGGAGUAUGCCUGCGCCAGUAUUUCCAAGCUGUUGCAGCAGAAGCACGUCAUCCCAGCCUUUGUGCAGAGGGACGUGGUGCGCUGUUUGGGGCCCUUGCUGAUGGAUCACAGUUUAGCUGUUCGGGAAACAGCUGCAGGUGCUCUCCGAAAUCUGAGUGCUUGUGGAGGAUUUGAUGUCUGUGAUGACAUGGUGACAAACGACAUUAUGACACCUCUGGUUGCACUUCUGAAAGAGUGCAGCACUGGACUGGAUGCUAAUCUGCUCUCUCCAAAGAAAUGCAGAGGGAUCAACAAAAAUUAUAUUGAAGACAUAGCCAAUGAGGCUAUUAAUUUGCUGUGGAAUAUAUGUGAAUGCAACAAUACUGCCCUAUACAUAUUCAAUAAAGAAGGAUGUCUGGAGGCUGUGUUACAUUACAUGAAGAAAUUUGCCACAAAUGUGGAUCUUGCUAUUUCAGUAGCAAACUGCUUGCAGGCAGUGACGGAAGAUAAUCCAGAUCUUCUUUCUUCAUUUAAUGCUUCUGCACAACAAAUACUGGAAACAGUGAUGUUGUGUCCAGAGAGCACCAUGAAGCACAUCCUUCUGAGAACACUGAUAGCAGGCACUAUCUGGAAUAUAAAGGAUACCAUUCCACCAGGCAGUCUGGGAAGCACGGUUAAUGCAAUCCUGAAGAUAUUUUCAGAAUCAUUGGCAAUAGAUGCUGGUGAAACAAUUAUUCAUAUGAAUGAAGCUGAAAAAACCAGGUUAAAACUUGCUGUGGAAGCAGAAACUGAAGAAAACAUGAGUGAUACUACAGAAAACUGUGUUUUGAGUGAAGAUGAUAACAUGGAGGAAAUACCAAAAGGAAUACUCAGAAGAGAAAAUGACGUUUCAGAUUUGCUUCCAUCUGAUAAGUGGGAACUGAAAGAAGUGACAGCUUUACUGACAGCUCAGCAGACUGCUCUGGAAAUCAUUGUUAAUAUGUGCUGCAGUGAAGAUCCCUCUGAUGACGAGUGGGAAGAACUCUCCAGCAGUGAUGAGAGUGACUUGUUCAUGGAAAACUCAUACAACGAGGGGAGUGGGCUGCUGCUGUCACCCCUGUGCCUCUCUGAUGAGGUUAACUCAGCAUUUCUGAACAAUCUCAUUCCAAAGAAGAUUCUUGAAAAAACUGCUUUUCCGAACAGUGUUGCUCUAGACAUCUGUAUGCACAAUCCGUCUUGGAAACCAUUAAUUAAAAAACUGAAUACAGUGCAGUGUAGAGCUUUAACAUGUCUUCAGAGCAUUUUGUUGGUGUCAGAUGUGGAUUCUCUUGGGGGAGCUUCAGCACUUCAGUCCCUUGCACAGCAUCUCUCCCAGCUGAUCUUUUCUAAAUCAGAACUCCCUACGGACACAGAAUUCCUGGAAGCAGUAACCAGUGCUUUGAGGGCUCUCCUACAAACAAUGGCAUCAAAGAACAUCUCCCAGUGUAUGACUCCUGAGCAGCUAUUGGCUUUGUGUGAGGCUGGUAUUCAAAGCAGCAAUGCCAGUGUUAGAGUGAACGUGGUGAGCAUCCUUGGAAUUUCUGGCAGUGUCCUGGCAAAAGAACAAGAUACAGCUGAAACACUGAAGAUGAUUGGAAAAUUUCUUCUUGAGGUUGCUAUGAAGGAAUCUUCUCUUGUGGUAGCAGGGGAGGCCUUGGAUGCACUUUUUGAUGUAUUUGCAGAUGGUAAAGAAGCAGAAGAGGCAGCGUUACAGAUCAAGUUGCUUCCAACACUGAAGGAAUUUCAGCCAGUGUUCAGAAUGAGGAUGCGAAAAGAAGGCAAAGGACAAUAUAGUACUGAUCAACUGUGUGUUCUUGACAAUGUGAAGAUGAAUUUGAGAAGAUUCAUUGCAUAUCAGGAGACACUAGGGAAAACCCCAACUUGAAACAUCGAGGAACUUCUAAGGUUUUCUUUGUUAAGAAAUGUUUUCAAAAAAUAUAACUGUUUUGAACUUCCAAACGUUACUGAGCAGAGCAGUUUUGCUUUGAUGCUAGUGCUACAUUUAAUGACAGUAUCUUUAUACUUUUGGCCUGAUGCAAUGUGAAAGACGUAUCAGCGUCAAAAACCCUGUAGCAUACCCUGAGAUUGCUGGAGUGGUAAGAGGUGCUCAUUAGAUCCUGAGGUCUGUACAUAGCACCACUGUCAUUGCCUGGAUAUCUUCAUGUACCCUGGCUGAAAAUGACGCUUGUGCGAAAAAGUAAUUCUGAAAAUAUUCCUGGUCAUGUGACAGAUUGGAAAACAAAUCAAAAGCUAAAGAUCUAUUUCAGGGAAUUGAGCAGUGGGAGAAUAUUAAUUUUUUUUGAAUAUUCAGAUAUUUGCUCUUACCUGUUCCUACAAUUGCACAGGCACCUAUGGCAGACCUCCCAAAAGAAGUGUGUGACAAAUGUGUAGAUUCCUGUCAGCACUUGGAUCUGUUAUUUCAUGAGGUUCAUGAGGAGAAAAUUUUCAGAUGCAUUUAUGAUAAAUUCAGUAUGAUAGCCUUUUGCCCUGAAAAUCAGUAUGAGCACAUCCUACACUUAGACACAACUCCCUGUCUCUUUUCUUUUUGAUUUCUGAAAAUUAAGUCUCCUAUUUUAGUCUUCCUUUUAAUUCUACAUCAGGAUGAGUUUGAAUUCAGGAAAGUAGUAAACCUAACGAAGUAUUUUUUAUAAUGAGGUAUUACCUGAAGUAAAUUUAUAUUUGCUUAAAAUACCUUUUGCGAAUAUUUGUGCUGGAGAUUUUUAAGCUGUAAAAUACAGAAAAUAUUUUUUAAAAAUACCAUUGAUUCAUGAAAAUUGUAUGUGAACUUCAUAUAUCAAAAGCUUUGGUUUUGUUUGUGUAUGAGUGAGGUCCUCUCAUGCACAUUUUCAAGAAAAAGCCCUGCAACUAAGCACAAAAGCGUUUCGUUUUGCUGGGUUUAUUUUUUGAAGCAGGAGGUUUUUUCCUCCUCUCUCUCAGUGUGCUGCCUUAGCUCAGGCAUCCAGGUUUUGGCAAAUUUUUUCCCAUGUUAAAAGCAUGGAACUUUAAAAGACUAAAUUUGCUCGGUUUUUUAGAUUUCAGUCUCUUAAGAUUGGAAAGUAGACUUGAGAACUGACUGGUAACUUGCAAAUGACUGACUUUCUGAAAUCCUGACAAGGCAUUUUGUCAAAUGCGAGGGGAAGCAAAAGAUGAGUUAAAGCGUCUGUGCUGCCUGGAAGUGCUGUUACUGCUGUUACUUUACAGGAGUCAAGUGAAAUGUGUGAUGUGAUGCCUGUGAGUCGAAGGAAUGAGAGGGUGGGAUUGGGAGGGCUCCUGGGGCAUUGAGGCUGGACUAGAGAAAACCAGGAGAGGUCAAGAGGGUGGAGGGUUGAGAGCUUAUCCAGAGAUUUGGCAGGGCAGGCAGUGAAGAGGUCUGGAGUGUAACAGCUGAGGGAAGGUGGAUUAUGGCAUAAUACCUACAGUGUGUGGGUUUUAAUCCUGGUGUUAGUUAUACUUGCUGUACACUGAGGAUAGCAUACUGUUAGCCUGAUGAAAGGCAUUAGUAUCCGUUUGGAGCACUUAAAGGACUUCCAUGUGGAAAGUUCUGCUCUCGUUUUCUGGAUGUGACAUUGAAUUGCAGGAUGUUCUAGACUGGAAGAGAUCUCUGGAGGUCUCUUAGUCUAGUCCUCUGAUCAAAGCAGGGCUGAGAUGGGAGACAGGUUGUGCUAGGCCUUGAGCAUCUCCCAGACUGGAAAUUCUACAACUCUGGACAGCCUUUUCCAGAGCUUGACUGCUCUCACUGGAAAUGUGUUUUUUUCCCUUUUCCCCUUGUGCCUUGUAGGACUUUCCCCUGCUGCAAAAUGUGCCUCUUGUCCUUUGACAGCACAUCACCAAGAAGAGCCUGGCUCCAUCUCCUAACCCCCACUUGGUAGCUGAAAACAGCAAUUGUAUUUCCCUCUUCUCCAGGCUAAAUAAACCCAGCUCCCUCAGCUGUUCCUUGUACGCCCUCUCACCCUCCAGUCAUCUUAGUGGCCUUCUCCUUGACCUGCUCUACUGUGUCUUGUACUGAGAGCCCAAAACUGGACACACUACACCAGAUGUGAUCUCCUAGGGUGCUGAAUAGAGGGAAGUAAUUGGUUUUCUUGUCCUGCUGCCCAUGCUCCUGCCAGUGCAGCCUGUUAUUUGUGAACUGUUGUCACUGCAAGGGUGCACUGUUGACUUAGACUUACUGUCCACCAGGACCCUUUGGUCCUUCUCUCCAAAGCUGUUCUUCGGUCAUUCAGUCAAGAGCACUGUCCCAAAUGUAGGACUUUGCAUUUUACAAGUGUAGCAGCCAGAAUCUGUUUCCUGGGGACUGUUAGAAAACCAAAGUAUGUUAUUUUUUGGUUUGAGUUUUUCUUUUAGGCUGAUAAUGACGAGAAACAUUUCAUCUACAAAUACAAAUCUGAAAGUUGCAGAUAAUAUACAGAAGAUAGGACAUCCACUAGAAACAUGGUUUUCUUAAUAUAAUCAGUUAGACCCUGUUCUUUUUUCCUUCAAGUGAAAAAGCAGACUGACAUUUAGAUCUUAAACUAUUCUGGCAAUAGGAGUGCACAGAUAAUUUUUUUUGCUAUGCACUGAUCAGCUGAAUGUCUUGAAAAAAUAUUUUCAUAAUGAGAUUGGUGCAUAGUGUAAACCAUAUCACUUAAAGAAGAGUAUUAAUGCGUCUGCGGAAGACAAGGCAAGUUAUGAGUGAUUUAAAGAAGUCAAAUCAGGGACUAAAACCAGAUGAGAUAUAUUGGCACAAAAGAGUCCAGCUACAAGACUGGGGCUACAAAAGUUGUUCUGACACAACAAAGGAAAAUUAAGGCAGCUGCGGAAGUGAUGAUAACAUGCAAAUUAGAUGUUUUGGGGCUCUUUGAACACUGGUUUAUUUAAUCAGUCUAGGGUAAGCUUCAGACAAAGACAAGAUCCUUUACAGCCUACAAAGGGAAAAACGGAUCUUCAUACUUUGAGGGUGGCAGAAAUUGGACUGAUAUAGACAAUGAGUAGUAUAAGUAAAUAGAUACUAAAUAGAUGUAAGUGAUCUUCAUCAGUUAAUCUAAUCACACAGAUAAGACUGGUAUCAAAACAGGUAUCUGAAUUGAGUUGCUUAUUCUGGUCCCUAAGGCAUCGUCUGUCUGCUUCAGUUAAAAACCGCAGUCCUUGGAAAGUAUGGAUUGCUGCUCUACUUGUGUCUCUGUCCACGCUGAGCACAACAGACUGCUCUGACUGAGCUGUAAUACCAAAAUAGGUGCUGAAUUUACCUUGGUCUGUGGUAUCAAGUAAAGAGUGUAAAGGAGGCUGUAGGUCCUCUGCCCUGUUCAGGAGCAGCAGGACCACUGGCUUUUCUGCUGCCUUGGUCUCUGCAGCUUGCAGAAUGUCGAAUUCCCAGCUGUGGAAAUAAGAAAUUAUCACUUGUGUGGUUUUAUUCUUGCUCUCUAUGAAAAGAAACAAGUGGCAAAAUUUAAAUGUGCAGUUGUUGUUUUUACAUUGUGCCUUGACAUUCAGAAGCAGAAGAUGGCUGUAUAUCACAGUCAAGUCAAUAGUUUAACUUUUUGGGGGCUAUGGUGCGUGUUGAAGGUAAUUUUUUGCACAGUAUAGGCUUUUUUUUUUUUUUUUUAAGAUUGUCUUCUUAGGGGAACAAGAAUAACUUCAACCAAUAACACUUGGCUUGGUUUGAUGUUUGUAUUUUGAGAGACAAAUACAAAAAAAAAAUGAGAGCACAGUAAAAUUACAAAGUGAGAACCCUGUUGGAGAACAAAUGAAUUUGAAAUAAGUUUGUAGUUUAAGUAUUAUAAAAAAAAAUUCAUAUCUUGUGGAAUAUUAAUAUAAAACAACCAACCCAAAAUGCCUGUAAACUCAAGUUCUGUUUCCUUAGUGAGGGAUUUUCAAUAAAAAACCUUCCCAAGAAUUGGAUAGAAACGUCAAGCCUUACAUUUACUGUUGCAAAUUCUAAUUCAGGCAAUGGUAGUGCUAAUUGAAAAUAAUGUAAUUGUUCCUUUCUGGCACAAGUGACUUGAGCAAACAAUCUAUAUAUAGUUUGUUCUGGACAAGCUGUUAAAAUAUAUGACUAUAAGAUAAUUGGCAAAAUCUGAGGUCUGACAGCAGAUUAAGGAGCUUGAAGUUUUUCCACCAGGGCUGACACUUGGGUGUUUGAAGAAGCUUUUACUUGAGUAGUGAGGUGUGGUGUUUUUUUUUUUUUUUUUUUUUUUUUUGUCUAUUCAGAUAAUUCAAAACUGUUCAUUUUUUGUACCUUCUGGGAAGAAAAUAAAGGGAUAUAAGUCAAUUCACUUCGAUUUAAUUUUGUUUCUGUACAUUUUUUGUAAGUUUCUUGUCUCUGUGAGAGGCAUUUUGUCAAACAUACAGACAUAAUUCAGUGACCACAUAAAGCGUAGUUUGAGAUUCGCAUGCACAAGGAUAUAGGAAGAUACUUUUUUCUUUUGAAUCUUUUGGUGUUUCUACACCACCUGUAUUGUCUUGGCUAUAUUUGCUUGAGACUAAGGUUGUUAAUGAGGAAUCCUGUAAAUUAAUAUAACAAAACUUGUUGGCAUUUACGUGCUGAGUGUAAACUAAAUUGCAGAUUUUUGGGGGAAUUAGCUUUAUUAAAAAAGAAAAGGAAACAAAUUGGUUAUUUUCCUGUUACUGUAACCUUUGUAAGGGUAAAGUAUUUUAUUUGACUUACACUUUGUUACAUUUUUUAAAAAGUUUAUUAAUUGAAACUUUUUUAUUUGAAGUUUUGCUAUUCAGGGAACAUCAUUUAGACUCUUCUUGUUACCUUUUCCUGCUACACUUUUAAUUCUCAGAAUAACUGAAGAAUGUGGGGUUUGGAAAAUAGGUUAUUCAUAGUGGUUAUUCCCCAAUUCCAAGACAUGUUCAAGUCCCACCACGUUCUAUUUGGCCUUCAGUAGUAAUUUUAGGAACAGGUCCUAAUUUUCAAAGCAUUAAGUUUGUCAAUUCAACCCCCAAAUUCCACCCUCCUGCUGUGGUUGAUUUUCUCUUGGGCAAUGCAGAUCAGACAUGCUGUGACACAGCAGAGUGCUGAGGACAGUAUGUUCUUCUCUGGGAUAGUGAGGAGAAAGAAGCCAGAACUUCAGUCUUUGGUUGUCACCAGGAAAUGGUGCUAAGUCUUCUUUACAAACUGUUCACUUCAUGGAAUGCUUGAAACUGGGAUGUGACUUUUUAAUUCUAAACCCUCCACCUCCAGCUUCCUAAAGAGAAAUCAUCUCCCAUGCAAUUCUGAAAGUGGGGGAAGCACCAGGCCCUUCGUGCAAAAUGCUGGAAACUUUGUAGCUGAUAUUAAAGAUGUUUUAAGACUGUCGUAUGAAAACACUAAAAAUAAAACCGAGUCUGA